AUGGCGGAUGACGCUUCGCACGCCUUUCAGCUUGCGCUAGAAGGACUGAAAGACUUGAAGGUGAAGUGUGAGGUGAUCAAUGGCAAUGGCUCCGAACCCAGAUUCGACCUCUUCCACUUUGAGUGGUCCAUUUGUUCCUGGAAGACGCGCAUCGUCUUGAUGGAAAAAGGCGUCCCGUGGCGCUCCUGGACCCUGGACCCACGGGCGCACAGCAACUACGCUCCGGCGUAUGUGCGCCUUCGUUCGCUGGGCACCACGUCCAGCACGAAGCUGGUUGGAGAGGUGUACAAUGGCUCGACAUCAUCGGAAAGCCAGGGCUUCGAUCCGCUGGUGGUGCCAACAUUGGUGGAUCGCCAAGAGCGACGGGUGGUGGUGGAUUCCAAGGCCAUUUGCGAGUAUGUGGAUCAAGUUGUGCCGAAGGUUUGUUUGAUUCCUCCAGAGCACGCAGUGCUCAUCCGAAAGCACCUGGCCCUGGUCGACGAAACUCCGCACCAGGGCAUCUUGUACGGCCUGCACCUCGCAGACGUGGUUGCCGAACGGAAGGAUCCAUUGGUGGUGGCCUUCGCGGGUGUCAUCAGCAAUGCUCAAGCAGGACAGCUGAAGAGCCUCCAAGCGCGGCUCGCGGAGGAUUUGGCGCCAGAGUUGCGCAAGCUCUAUGAGGCUAAGAAGAAGAAGACGGAACUGGCGAAGAGCGCGGUGGGCAAGCUCAGUGGUUUGAAGGAGACGUACCGAGCGAUGCUGGCAAAGGUGGAUGCCAUGCUUCUAGAGUUGGAGGCUGAUCUGAGGAAGACAGGUGGCCCCUAUGUGUGUGGCACCACGUGCACCAUGGCAGACUUGGUUUGGCAUUGCAGCCUGCUACGUCUCUACGAGUUGGGUUUCGAGGAUCACUAUGCUCAGGAGAAACUUCCCCGAGUGCACGAGUAUGCCCAUCGGAUCUUGCGCCGUGACACCUUUGCGCGCGCCACCUACUUGUGGCCCUACAAACCGGUCACCCGUAACCUGAAGCUGCUCAUGUCGGAGCAGAUGCCCUUGCAGGCUUUCUUCCUGAACCUCAUGUCGAAGAUCUUACUGGGUGGGUGGAGUUGUCCACUACACAUGCACUCUUCUCCUGGUGUGGACGCAGAUGUGACUGAUGGCAUCAACGCUGAUGAUUUGGCAGACGGCUUGGGAGGCGUGCCAGAAUCCUUCGACCAUCUUUGCAAACAGAUGAAAGACUACAACAUGGAUGCUGACCUGAAGCCUCACGGCUCUCGAAUCCUCGUGGAUUCCAAGUUUGUUGUGAAUUCCGAGUAUGUGAACCCCCUGGCGCAGCCGGGAGCUGGGAUGGAACUCCAAGAUCUAUUGGCUGCUUGUCCGUCCGAUCGCCCCAUCACAGUGGGCUGUGGCAGAUCCACUUCAAUGUAUGUGGUCUUGAAGCUGGAGACUCUGUGGGCGGCGCAACAGCUGCAUGACGUGCCCAUUCGCUUCAGGCAGUUUCAGAGCACCACCAGUGACUACAAGGUGGCCGCGAGGUUUCAGAAGCGCGAGGAUCAUCCGGGCUUUCUGUGGGUCAUCGACAUCCCCGAGAAUCACUUCGGAGCCCGGAAUAUCCAGGAUGUGAGCUCAAGAUCCAAUGAGUCGGAGACGCUCUUCCCGCCUUACUCCAUGUUCCAGGUCGUGGAGGUGAGCAACCAGAGGUGCCACCUCAAAGCUUUGCCCUGGGUCUGGGAGGAGUACGAGCCCCGCUCUGCUCAGGGGGAGCCUUUCGAUCUGGACGACGAGCCAAUCACCGGCUGCGUUCGCUGCUGCGUGUGA